CUCAAUGUUAGUUAAUCAGAUUGUAUUCGAAUAAUAACUCAUAUAUUAAUUUCCAGGUGCAUGAGCUUGUCUGAAGAGCAAAAAAAGCGCAUUGAAGCUAAUAGAAUCAGGGCUCUUGAGCUUAAAAGGCAGCGUAAUCAAAAGACAUUAACAAGUAAUCAUGAUCCAGUCAAUAAAUGCCAAUCUGAAACACAUUCUAUACCAAACAAAUUCACAGCUCAAAAUGUUAGAAGUGACAAGAAAUCAUUUAAUCAUAGCUGCAGUCUGACUUCAGCCAAUGGUGCAAGUGCUGCGCAAACAUCUGGAAAUGACAAAGAAUUUUCUCACCCAACUUCCAGUACUGUACAGCAGAAAAUAGAAGAAAACCGAAAACGUGCCAUUGCUUUGAGAGCAACUAAAACCUCAUUAAUACAACAGAACAAAAGUACCUCAACACCUGUCAUCAACCAGCCAGUAGAUCCGUCUAAGUUGCCACUCAAAGAGGUAGAGAAUAAACCAGAUCUCUCAACCAACCAGUCUUAUGAUGGCCCGGUUCACGUGGCUACCUGUUGUCUUCUCUCAAAAACCAGAUUUUAUGUAUCAACAAAGUUCCACAGUCAACUUAUUGCUGUUAUAAAAAACAUGCCAUCUCGUAGUUAUGAAACAGAAACUUGCAAGUGGUCUCUAAAAAUUGAUGAGCAUGACAAAUUUCUGCAAUCUUGCUUGUUUUUGAGACCUCAAGUAAAAGUUGAGCCUCUUCCAAAGUUUAUUUUAUCAUGUUUGAAGGACACCAAGAGACUGCAGCAGAAAAUCAGCAAUUCAAACCCUUUACUCGAAAAACUUUUUUCAUUUCAAAAAGAGGGCGUGGAGUUUGUUUUAUCACUGAAUGGAAGAGCACUCAUAGCUGAUGAUAUGGGCCUAGGGAAAACAAUGCAGGCACUGUGUGUGAUGCAGGAGUAUCGAGAUGAGUGGCCUCUUCUCAUCGUUUGUCCAUCAUCUCUUCGGUUGACAUGGUGUGAGGCUGUUACUACUUGGUUACCUGAUGUCACGUACGGUGAUGUUAAUGUCAUAUUAAAAGGUGGAGAUAUGAUCGGCAAGGAGAAAGUCACAAUUUUCAGCUAUGAUCUACUCACAAAAUUUAACCUAAAGAAGAGGUUUAAAUGUGCUAUUGCAGACGAAUCACAUUUCAUCAAAAACGCGAAGACAGUAAGAUGUAAAGCAGCAGCGUCUAUUCUCCAAGAUACCAGAAGGUGUAUAUUACUGAGUGGAACCCCAGCACUGAGCAGACCUAUAGAGCUAUACUCCCAACUCCAGUGUGUCAACAGAAGAAUGAUGCCAAGUUUACAAGAGUUUGGUUUGCGUUACUGUGAUGGAAAAAAGUCCAACUGGGGCUGGGAUUUUACAGGCAGCUCUAACUUGGAAGAGCUGAACAUUUUCAUGAGUGCUAAUUUUAUGAUAAGAAGAUUGAAGAAAGAUGUGUUGGAUCAAUUACCCGCAAAAAGAAGAAAGAAGAUUGUCAUAGAAACUAAAAUGUCCAAGAUUCUAAACGCAGCAGCGAACAGUGCAAGCACUGCCUCCAAGGCAAACUAUCAAGCCUGUUUAUUCGAGUACUACAGUGAAACAGCUUCUGCCAAACUCCCGGGAGUUAUAUCCUACAUAUCGGAGUUGUUGGAGAGUGAGACCAAGUUCCUAGUGUUUGUUCACCACAAGACCAUGUUAUGUGGGGUUCAGGAGUAUCUCCGCAAGAGUAAUGCCAAGUUUAUCUUAAUUGAAGGGAGCACUCCCGCUGAGAAAAGACAGGAGCAGGUGGAGAGGUUUCAGUCUGAUGAAAGCUAUUUGGUGGCUUUACUCUCUUUAACGGCUGCUAACACCGGCUUCACUCUCACUUCCGCUGACACUGUUGUCUUUGCUGAACUCUUCUACAACCCUGGGAUCUUACAACAAGCAGAAGACCGUGUCCACCGUAUAGGACAACAAAACUCUGUAGUUAUCCACUAUCUGGUAGCACGGAAGACCUCUGAUGACAUCAUGUGGCCGAUGAUAGAAUCUAAGCUCUCUGUUCUUGGAGAUAUGGGUGUUGGAGCUGAUGAUUUCAAGUCAGCUGAAGCCUCUAAUUAUAGCGUUCCCAGUCAGGGUGAUCAGGCUCAGACUAAUAUUAUGAACUUUUUCACCGCUAGAAGUAGAGAAGAGGGGAAGGAGGAUGAGGACGGUCAUUGUAGCAAGAAGCCUAAGUUAAACUGAUAACUGUGUUGUUCAGCCUUUUAGUUUUUUGUUAAACUUCCAGUUUAUUUAGUUUAUGAAUGAGAACAUUGUUUUUACCAUUCGAUUUUAACACGAAAAGAAUAAAAUAUUGGGGCAUUUAUAUUUUGGAAUCACUAUUUUCAGUGUAUAUUACUUUUUAAACAAUUACUUGUUCACAGUGGAAUCACUAUUAUCAGUGAAUAUUUUUUAAUCACAGUACAUGCUUGUUUUAUAUAUAUUUCAUAUUAUGUUGUAAUUUGUGCGUUGGUAAAAUAUUUCAUUUCAACUAUUUAAUUUUAAUUCUACCAAGUCAUGAUAUUACCAUGUUAAAUGUUAAUCAUGUACAUAAUUCUUGUAGUUGUACUGUUGAAUUUCUACACUAUUCAUAAAUAAAACCGAGAUGUUGAUAUUCCAGACUGUUCUCCAAAUUAAACUGUCCCUCAAGUCUAUUUGUGUAGGAUUGCAAAAUAUAAAGUAC